UGGCAGUGUUGGAGAUGAGGUUUCACAGCACACUGCAAAAGCCCGCCUUGCUUUUAUCAAACUGAGAGACCUAUGGCAUCGUCGUGAUGUUAGUCUAAAGCUCAAAGGCAGGGUGUACAAUGCUUCCGUCCGUACGGACCUGCUGUACGGCUGUGACACCUGGCCUGUUUGCUCCGAAGACAUGAAACGACUGUCAGUUGUUGACAACCAUAGUCUGCGAAGGAUCGCUCGUGUGUGGUGGCAACAUCACAUAAGCAAUACGGACGUUCGUCAACGAGUGCACAGAACGAACAUUCCCAGCCUUCAAAACGUUGUUCUACAAACACCGCAUGCGUUGGUUGGGCCACGCACUGCGGAUGCCAUCCUAUCGCGUUCCUGGGCGAGCGUUAUUUGCGCUUCCCAGAUGCGACUGAAAAAAGUGUCGCGGUGGACAACCAUUGACGCGGUAAAGGGGUAUGAAAAAAGCAGCCUCAAGUUUAGCUUCAGUUAGAUCAGUGCGGCUCCCAAG